GGUCGGGUCGCUGCGGGUACACAUACCGCGCGUAUAAUUGACAUCACUACUUCCGAACCCGCGAUCCAAUCGGAGGCGCGAAGCGAUCUCCGAAGCAUCUGCGGGAGGAGCCGACGCAGAGAAUGGCGGAGGCGAGGAAACGAGUGCUGGUGGUGGGGGGCAGCGGAUACUUGGGGCAGCACCUCCUCCAGGGCUUCUCGCGAGGCGCCGGAUCGGAGCGGUACGCCCUAGCGUUCACCCACCACCGUCCGAGCCCUCCCGCGGAACUCGUCGAUGCUGUCUCUCCGGUGCUCCCCUUCCGUGUCGACCUGCGGACCGGCGACGGCUUCGAUGCCAUCUCCACCGCCUUUGGCCAGCCAGAUGUUGUUGUUAAUUGUGCCGCACUAUCUGUUCCUCGUACUUGUGAAAUGGAUCCUGCGGCUGCCAUGUCUAUUAACCUGCCAUCUUCCCUUGUAUACUGGCUAUCAAGCUUCAAGAAUAACAACUCUCUUUUAAUUCAUCUUUCAACAGAUCAAGUUUAUGAAGGUGUGAGAUCAUUUUACAAAGAAGAUGACGAAGCUCUUCCUGUAAAUAUGUAUGGAAAAACAAAAAUUGCUGCAGAGAAGCAUAUAAUUGCAAACUGUUCAAACUAUGCGAUCCUGCGGAGUAGUAUAAUAUAUGGCCCACAGACAAUUUCACCUGUUACUAAGUCACUUCCAAUUCAGUGGAUUGAUAGUGCCCUUAAGCAAGGUCAAGAAGUUGAAUUUUUUCAUGAUGAGUUCCGCUGCCCCGUGUAUGUCAAGGAUGUGGUCAAUGUUAUAAUAGCUUUGAGCAAAAAGUGGAUAUCAGAUGGUAAGCAAAUGCAGUUGCUUCUGAAUGUGGGUGGACCAAAUAGAGUGUCAAGGUUCCAAAUGGCUGAGACAGUUGCAAGGAUUAGAGGAUACAACCAUUCCUUGAUCAAGUCAGUGUCGGCAUCUUCGGUCAACCGUGGAGUUAUAUCCCCAGCCGACAUCUCUAUGGACAUCAGCAUAUUGAUUCGGGUGCUUGGUAUUAAUCCCUGCUCUUUCGAAGAUGGAGUCAGAUCAACACUCGAAAUCAGCGACAGAUCUUGAUGGGAAAUGCCUCUACCUCUGCCUCUUCCCUUGUCGCGAUAGUAUCGCUCUUCUUGAUAUCAUUGAAAGAUGGAGGUCUAGUUUCCUUUGUUGCUGUUCUACUAUGUUGUUCUUGUUAUCAUUGAAAGAUAGAGUCAGACCAACACUCGAAAUCAGGACAGUUCUUGAUGGGAAAUGCCUCUAUCUCUGCCUUUUCCCUUAUAGCGAUUGUAGCGCUCUUCUUGAUAUCAUUGAAAGAUGGAGGUCUAGUUUCCUUAGUUGUUGUUCUAACUUCCAUUUGUAGGAGCAACUUAUGAUCUUCGUAUGGUCACAGUAUACAGAAGACACAUAUGACUUAUUAUUAUCUUUUUAA